AGUCCAAACAAGAAUGCCGUCGCCACUUUGUAUGCGAACAAAUUUAACUAAUUUUUUUCAAACAAAUAAGGAGAAUGUCGAUUGAACAACAAUUUUAUUUUGCCCAUAUACAUACUCGGGCCAUUACAGCGUUAGGAUAUAAUCCAGCAAGGAGGGAAAUUCUCGCCGGAUGCGAAGAUGGCUUCAUCAAGGUUUGGGACGUUGACGAGGGAAAGAGUACGGUAUCUUAUCAAGAGCAUAACGGCUGGGUUACCGACUUUCUCUAUUGGCCUGAAGUUAAAAUGCUCAUCUCCGCAUCUAACGAUGGUUGGUUAAUUAUUUGGGGUUCCGGUGGUACAGCUGUCGAUCAUAUACAUAUUAAACGCCCUGUUUAUAAAUUAUCCUUAUUGAUUAAUAAUCGUAAAAAACAACUACUAUGUGGUUUGAAUGGAGCUAUUCAUUGUUAUGAUCUAGAUCCUGCCCACGCUGCUGGUAUUACAAGUUUAUCAUUGUUUAAAGAUAGCGAAAAUAACGUUUGGAUCGUAACUGGUUCAUUCGAUAGAACUGUUAAAAUAUGGACAGCUGAUGGAAAGAGAAUACAUACUGUUGAGGAUGCCGCUUUUCACGCAAAUGUUACUGGUCUAUGUUAUAUUAAUAGAACAAGGACUAUUUGGGUAGUUGCAGGUGGAACUUAUCCACUUAUCUUUGAUCCAAAAAGUGGUGAAAAUGUUACAGAAUUCCUAGGUAAUUUCGAAAAUGAUGCUGAAGAGGGCAUGAACAAGUAUUCUCUACAAUUAAUACAAUGGUUUAACGAACCGAACAUAGUUGUUGGUUCUACCAGUCGUCGUUGUUUAAUUGUAUGGAAGUAUAAUACGUCAGGUUGCAUAACCACAUUACGAACAUCAUCCGAAAUGGAAUGUUUAACUUAUACUAGUAAAGUUCCAAUGCUUCUAUUUAGUGCAGAUCAAACUGGUACAGUCACAAAAUGGGAACGAAAAGAAUCAAAUCAUUUUAUGUAUACGAAAGAAUACUUGAGUAUUUUGGAAGCUCAUAAAUUAAUGAAAACAAAGAAGAAAUAUGCAGAUAAAUAUGCUAGAACAGUAAAUAUUUCAGUUUUAAACAAUAUUAAAGAAUCCAUGAUUCUCUUCCUCAUCAUACAGUUUGAUAGAGAACUUAGGGAAAAGAAUAAAAUUCCAGAGAAAACCAAAAAUAGAAGACAAAUAUCGAGUCAAUAUUCAUUUAAUAAACCUCUAAUAGGUAAAAACAAGAAUGCUUCUCAUCCUCAUACGUCCAUUUUGAGGAUGAAGUUUGUUGAGGAAUUAGAUUUUCUUGUUGGUACUUGCGAAGAUGGAAAUAUUUACGUUUGGGGAUUUGAUCUCAACGCCGUUUCCGUCUUGAAAAAUAUGAAAUCCGAUAGUGAAUCGGAUGGUGUUGAUGCUGAAACAAGAGAAAAAUAUCAUAUUCUCUUAACUAAGGAUGAAGAGACAGAAGUUGAUCUGGAAGCUCUUAAAGCGCAGAAGAGAGAUCGAAUGGAAGAGGAUUCCGUAACUAAUAGAGUUGCUGGAUUUGUCUGUCAGCACAUCUUAUCAGAACAUAAGAGUAUUGUUACAUCAUUGUCCAUACUUCUCCAUUCCAAAAUAAUAAAAGAGACAGUACCAACAACGGAGAAUGAAGAAGGAUAUAAGGAAAUUGAAAAGACUGUAGAACAUAUGUUUGCCAUUACGGCCGGCUGGGAUAAGAGAAUCUGCGUUUGGGAUCUGAACGAAGGAGAACUACAAACAGUAUUUAGAGAUCCUGCCGCAGAGAAAGGUGACUCGGCAGAAAUUGCUAGCGAUGGAGAGAUUACAGAUCUAGACUAUUGCCCAUCCAAGAAUUUAUUCGCAUACUCUUCAACUGAUAAACUAGUUUAUAUAAGGCAAUUUAGUCUUGAUGGUUCUAAAAUGAAAUUAGAAAAUACACUGCAAGGUCAUACAUUGGAUGUAACAUGUAUUAGAUGGAGCCCCCAAACAGAAAAAUGGGUUACGGCUUCGGAAGAUGGAACCAUUCGAAUAUGGUCCGAUGAUGGUAUGAAUCAGGAAGUGAUUUUGGCCGCAGGUGGGAGCGUUCACGCCAUCUGUAUAGAUAAAAUCACUGGUGCGAUUAUUGCAGGAGUUGAGGAAGUUAUGAAAGUAUACGAAGUUGAAAAAUAUCGUCUAAUGCAAACGAAUUAUGGUCAUAUUAUGAACAUUCGCGAUGUGAUACAUGUACCAGAGAGAGAUCAGUAUAUAACAGUAGCAUGGGAUUGUUCAAUGAGAUUGUGGAAUUCGUGGAAGAAACCAAAGAAAAUUAUGGCUCAGAGAAAGAAAAAUGAAUCAGAUGUAUUUGCCAUGCUUCGACAAGGUCGAAUAACAGCCGAUGAAAUAGAUAGCAUGUCUUCAGUUGGAAGUUCGAAUCCUUUAGCUUUAUAG